CAGUAUUGAUUGAAUAUUACUGCACACGCAAUAACCAAACAACUUUGUGGGUAAACAUACAUGCAGGACCGUCACAGAGAGGCGUUUACACAGCAGGUGAGUCAGACUGUAUCAAACAGAACGUAAACUUUACUACAAAUGGAAAUUUUAAACAUUUGUCUAUUCAUAAACGUGAAACAAGAGCUGUGCAUAUUUACACAGUUGCUGUUGAGUGCCGCACGUGCGCUCUAGUCUUCCGCACGAGACUCUUUUGAGAAGUACAUACUGUACAGUAGACUGUUGACAAACUGUGUUUAACCUUCUCCUGCUUGGAUUUGGAUGAUGAUGAUGUGCCGUUUGAGAACGUUUGGGCGGAUUAAUGCCAGAAUGGUGGAGUUUAUUGCGGAAAAUGUCACAAGAAACGGUGCACUUGGCUUGUACAGUGAUAGCGCGCGACAGGUCUCACAACAGAGCCGGUGUUUGGGUCACAGUGCUUCAAAACUUUAUCUCAACAGAGCAACUACUGAAACCCCAGAGGGAGGUAGGACAGGGGAAGGUCUUUUUUCAGGACUGGAGGAUUUGCUGUUCCACACCAUAACUGAUGGGCAGGAUAGGAUCCCCAUCUCUCUUUUCAUAAGUGCUAUUAAAAGCACUGGCCUGCUGACGUCUGAUCCCCGUCUGCGGGACUGUAUGGACAAACUGCGGCAAGCUGUACGAGAAUCUAAUGGUGAUGUCAUGAUGGAUCGCAAUCUGUUUCGCAGGUGUGUCGGUGGAAACAUUGUCUUGCUCUCCCAAGCUUUCCGAAAGAAAUUUAUCAUUCCCGAGUUUGAGGCAUUUGUUAGUAUCAUAAAUCAGAUCUAUAACAGAGCUAAACAGCAGCACGAAGGUCAAGUAGCAGACUAUAUUCCACACCUUGCCAAGUUCAGUCCCAGUCUUUGGGGAAUUUCACUGUGCACAGUUGAUGGUCAGAGGCACUCAACAGGUGACACCAAGAUGCCAUUUUGCCUGCAGUCAUGUGUGAAGCCACUGGAAUAUGCCGUUGCUGUACACGAGCAUGGAACUGAUCACGUGCACCAUUAUGUAGGGAAAGAGCCCAGUGGGCUAAAGUUCAACAUGCUCUCCCUCGAUGACGGUGAUAAACCUCACAAUCCCAUGGUGAAUGCAGGAGCAAUUGUAAUCAGCUCUCUUAUCAAGCCUGGGGCCAACAAAGCAGAAAAAUUUGACUAUGUGAUGGACUUUGUAAAAAAAAUGGCAGGCGAGGAAUAUGUGGGCUUCAGUAAUGCCACGUUUCAGUCAGAAAAGGAGACAGGAGACAGAAACUACGCAAUAGGCUACUACCUGAAAGAGAAAAAGUGUUUUCCUCAUGGGGCAGAUAUGAGUGAUGCCCUAGACUUUUACUUUCAGCUGUGCUCUAUCGAGGUGACAUGCGAGUCAGGCAGUGUGAUGGCGGCCACGCUGGCCAACGGAGGAAUCUGUCCCAUCACAGGCAAGCGAGUACUGAGCUCUGAGGCUGUGAGGAAUACGCUCAGCCUCAUGCACUCAUGCGGCAUGUAUGACUACUCCGGCUACUUUGCCUUUCAUGUGGGAUUGCCUGCCAAGUCAGGGGUGUCAGGAGCUGUGCUCUUAGUGGUGCCCAAUGUGAUGGGGGUCAUGUGCUGGUCACCACCUUUGGACAGACUGGGGAACAGUGUACGAGGCAUCAGCUUCUGUCAGGAACUGGUGUCCCACUUCAACUUCCACAAUUAUGACAAUCUGAGACACUUUGUUAAGAAACAGGAUCCACGUCGACAGUCUGGUGAUGAAAGGAACAAGUCCGUCGUCAACCUGAUGUUUGCAGCUCAUAGUGGUGAUGUUUCUGCCCUCAGGAGGUUUGCAUUAUCAUCUAUGGAUUUGGACCAGAAGGACUAUGACCAUCGUACAGCGCUUCAUGUUGCUGCGGCAGAAGGCCAUGUGGAGGUUGUGCGGUUUUUAACAGAAACAUGCAAAGUGAACCCCUUUGUGAAGGACAGGUGGGGAAACAUUCCCAUGAACGAUGCACUACAGGCUGGUCAUGACAGCAUCGUGAAGAUUCUGCAGAACUAUCAGCAUGCCUGUGAAGUUAUCGCAAAAACAGUCCAAACUAACUCUGUUGCAUAGCAGUAAAUGACUGCUUUGGAUUUUGCUAUUAUUAUAAUAUAUAUAUAUAUGAGACAAUUAACAUUAGAUUUUAAAUCAGCAGAGAUGAUUAUCUCACAUAACAGAUCAGAAAAGGGUAAAAGAUCUCUAACCUGCUGUUUUACUUCAUUGACACCAUUGUGCUGAAGUCACAAAGUGUGUGUUUAAUCCUGCUGCUGCUACCAUCUAUGGUAAUGUAUUGUGUGAGGAACUCUGAUUAGUUGUACACAGCAUGUAUACAAACAUUUGUCUGACCAUACUGGGCUGUGACAAUACACCAGUGUACUGCAAGGAAAUCUAUAACAAUUAUGCUAAUCAAUGUUAUAUUAUGCCACUGUAAGUGUCGCAUAACCCAUAAAAUAUCGCACACAUUAAACAAACAUACAGGACAUUUAACGAUUUCUUUAUAAUAUUGGAAAUUAGGAUAAAAUCCUCUACGUAAAGUACAUAUUUUUAAGAUAUUUCUGUGUAGAUCGAAGCUUAAAUGUUCAACGUAGUCUCUUUAUAGCUGUUCUGACAAACAGAACAGCUCCAUGAAGUCACAUUGACAGUCUGAUUUUCUUUCCAGUUAGGCUUAAUCAGUAUCUUGAAAGCAAAUGUCACGUUUUGGUGUCAGAUAAAAUGGCUGUGUGUGCUGCAUUCUUUAUAGCACUAAAGAUGGCGAGAGCAUGUUUUUUUCCCCCCACAGUGUCACUCAGUGCCCUAGUGCAUGUUAUGCUACAUUAAAAUUAGGUUCUUCACACUUUUAGUAAUAAGUAAUACAUAAGAAAAUAUGUAGUCCAGUAGACAAAUAAGUGAAGAUAAUGAUAUAUAUAAUGCUUUAUUUCUGUAUAAACUUGUAUUCAUGACAUAAAGAACAAGUCAUGUAUUAGACUUGAAUAGACUGAUUAAGAA